UUCGUCGCGAGAGCAUCGUUGAACGGCGUGAACGUGUGUUCAGUCUUUGCCCUCGUAUCGCGCACACACAAGCACACCAGAAGAGCGUAAGGGACACAGAUAAAGUAGAAAGAGCAAGAUUGAAGGAGUGUCGGUGUGAGAACGAGAGAGACAACAUCGAUCGGGCCAAUCGGCGAUAAUCGAAGGGCGGAGAAAGCAAGUGCCAACGACAGCGACGGCAAAACGGAGAGGAGGGAGAAAAGGGACGAAAAGAGAAGAGAGGUGGCAGUGGCUAUUGCCGAUAUACCCGAAGGGGACUUCAUGUAUAAUAAACGUGCAUUCGUCCAGCAAUUCAGUCAGUCUAGGUCGAACCACCGAGAGGUGAAGAUUGACCUGAGUUGAAUAUUAGUACGCCUACGGUGCGACGAUCCCAAUCUCUUGUCUCUGUGAUAUACAAGUGAGUGAGUGAGUGAGUCUCUUUGACUUGUUAGUGGCCUGUCUUCUACAUUAGUAGUUGACCGUCGGCAACACACUACUUGCACAGUGAAGAGGAAUUUCGCGACGCAUUCCACGCCGUAAGCUCAGUGAGUGAUUCCGGUGCCAAAGAUUGAACAAGACGAGCACACAGACACUAAGUGAAAUAAAGAGAAAAAGACUCGUGUGUAUAUAUAAGAGAAAUAGAACACGCGGGUCAUAUAGGAAGAAACGACAAUCUUAUCGGGUGGUGGUGUGUGUAGUAGUGAGACACGAUACGUUUAGACUCUCUUAAUUUGCUGCAGUGAAUGUGAAAAAAAAAUAUUACAGACACGUUUAUCAUUGUUUUAAGAGAGGAAAAGAAAGAAUUAUUAUUUUCUUUUUUUUUUCAAUUACUUUCGAGUGUGUUGUGUGCUGUUCACCUUGACAAUUUUAGAUUGUUUUUUGUGUCGCUCCAUUAUAGCGAACUUGAAAGACUAGUGAAUAACCAGCCGGCAUAUUAAGCCAAGGCAAACAAUAACUAACGGUCAUUUCUGUAGUGUAUAUUGGUGGUAUCAACGCACUGUUGGACCUCGUGGUGCAGUAAUAAUAUUGUUUCCCGCGCGUACAUUGGAUUGGCUGUUUUGCGGGGACGCGACGCGGAAGAGGAACCGGGAGUGCCGUUUUACGGGAGACUUUCCUCUCUCUCUCUCUCUCUCUCUAUCGCACAAACGAUUGUGGUGGGAGUUGUUUCAUUCAUAAAAAACUCUUUAUUACUGUGGGCGCAUGUGCUAUUCCUCAACGUGCAAGUACCUACCUUCACCCCCGCACAUCUAACAUAAGUACGUUACUACACAAGGAAUUAUUUAUCAUCGACCUAGUCGUUAAGACGCCCCACGCUUGCUACUAGGAUUAACUUUCCUUUUGGUAAUGACUUCUGACUCACGCGAGUCACUUGGAUAAUAAACUGCAGCUUCAUUUUCCUUAAUCGUUUUAAACGUAAGGUUGACUAGUGUCUGCCAAAAGGAACUUGACAACGGUCAAAAUAGAUCGACGAGAGUGUGACGAUUCUUCGGAGGACGGUAUUGAAGAUCCUCCGUUUGUCAACAGUCAUCAUCUUUAUACAAACAUGAGAGGUGAAUCAGCGCGGCCGGGCAAACGGCCUUUACGUGCCCUAUCAGCAUCUGAGAAGAUGGAGGCGAUUCAACGCGUUCAUGAGGGUGAGAGCAAAGCAUCAGUAGCACGCGAUAUUGGAGUACCAGAGUCAACGUUACGCGGUUGGUGUAAAUCUGAACACAAAAUUCGAGGUAUGGCGCGGAAUUCAUCAACGCCAGAUAGUGAAGCACAUUCGCCUGCGUCAUCAUCAGGCACGAAUCUUGCCAUGACUGCAGGAGGGGCAAAUCACUCAAGCGAGGACGAGGGUCCAGCUGCGAAGAGAGCGAAGAUCGAUCAUCAAACGGUUAUACCAGGCUCGUCGUUCUGCGCCAACGAGAAUUCGGAGAACGAGGCCAGUCGGCUCGGUGACGCGUCUAAGAUCGAUUACGUUGGACUGAUGACCAGUAUGGCUGGCAUGAGACCGGAGAAUAGCUCACUUCUAUUACAGCAGUUGGGUUUGCACUUUGGAGCUGCUUCUAAUACACUAGCUAAAAGUCUACUUAAUUUAUCAACUAGUGUACCACACAGUAGCACUGUUGGUCUUGUUGAAAAUGGUCUCCAAUAUACCAGGAACAAUACUAAAAGACAUAGCUUAUCUGCUAUUGCACCAACACAAAUGGAUUCAGUUGCUAAAUCAUGCACAAGGAAAAGUCUUCCACCAGCAGCAGAGGCACCACUUACCCCUGUGCCCGCAUCACCAAGAAAAACCAAUGAAAUGAUCCGUGAGUCAAAGAAUAAGCACAAGGAUCCAGCAACACACAGCCGCAAAGUCGAUGAACAAUUAUGGAUGUGGCUUACCCAGCAACAACAGAUACUUGGUCAACAAUCAACACCAUUUACUCCUAGCAAUCAUCAAGACGGUUCCUGGUUUUGGCGUGGGUACAAGCAUUGCAGUUUUCCACUUAUGUCGCCAACUCCGACUCCACUAGUCGCUAGAAAAUCACCAAGUAAAGCCAGGGCACUUCUUGACAACGUUCUGUGCAAUAACAACAACAACGAGAACGUCAGACGGAGUCUAAAUGAUGUCAAUGAAACAAUCGUCGUUGACAACCAGAGUGAUGCACCUGUCAUUAGCACCGAGGAGGCCAUCGAACAUGGAGAAUUGUUCUUAAAGUGGCUCGACAAAUGCUCCGAGCCAGUAGUCACGAGGCUACAGAUAAUGCAAUUCAAGUAUCUACUGGACAAUCUGAAGUCAUGUAGAAAGAAGUCAUCGAGUUUAAAACAAAGCAGAAAGUAGAUAUCAUUAUUACGACGAUAGUGUAAGGAAUGAAUGAAUAAAUCCAUGUGAUGGAUCCAUCACAUGGAUUUAUUCAUUCAUUUUUCACACUAUUUACGUUACAUUAAUAUCAUUAAUAUUCCUGAUUGAAAGUCAAUUUAAUUAAUACCACAAUUAGAUGUUAUAUUAUUCAUUAUUUCAUGACAAAUUGUGGUAAAAAUUAAAUUGAUUCCUUUUUGACCUCAUAAUAAUUUACUUGUCUCUUGUAUAUACAAAAUGAUUAUACCAAAUUUAUUACUAUUCUUAAUUAUUAUUAUUAUCAUAAUCGUAUGAUUAUUAAUACUUUUAGCCAAUUUAUUGUUAUUCCAAUGUUCAUUAGUCUGUAGUUUCGUCAUGGAGAAAAAGAGAAUAAGAACUUGAUAUAGAAAAGAAUAAAAUUAUUCAAAUAUAAUAAAAAUAUUAUUAAUAUUAAUAAUUAUUAUUAUCACAUUAAUAUUUAAUAUUUUAUUUUCAAAUGGCGAAUUAAUUUUCGACAAAAUCUUAUUCUCAUUCGUUUAAUGAAAAAAGUUGAAUCAUCAACUUAAACUUAAAUAAAUUUGUCAAUUUAUACAUUAUAUUUCUGGUCCAAAGCUUCAUAUCAAUAGCAGUUAAUUCAUGUCGCGAAUCGCGUCAUCAUAUUGAUUAUCGUGAUCUCGAUUUCUCGUUGGAUUAAAGUAUAAGGUACUGGGCUUUAGAGUACACGAUAUGCAACACAAAUAUACACGCUCACUUAUACAAUAAUUGAUACACAUGCAACAGAGAAAAAAAAAGCAUACUUUGAGAGUCAUAUAGACAAGUCACUUACCAUUGCCAGAGGUCUUUUCAACGACUCAUAUACUAGAUGAUCACUGACGAAUCUAGCGCAGCCCAACCACGUGUGCAGCUCCGGAUAAGGCAAUGUACUUGGUCUUAUACUCGUUGAAACGAAUUUCUAAUAGCAUAAAAAAAUUAAAUAUAUAUAUAUAUACAUAUAUAUAUAUAACUUAUAUAUAGAUAUACAUUUAUUGGAAUGUUGAUGGUUGUUUAUAUUAAGAUGUGUUGAAAAAAAAUAUGUCACACUCGACGUCGACUUACGCUUCUCCAGCGAAUUCUUGUAAAUUAUUGUUGCACUAAGUCUUUAUUAUGUAAAUAAUUCCUUAGCAAUUGUAAGCGUGUUCUGUGGCUUAAAGAUACUAGUAUAUAGAAAGUGAUUAAAAUGA